GGGGGCGCCCGGGCGACGGCGGCGUCCUGGAGCCCCCACGACGCGGCGGAGGUCCACGUCGCGAGCCGCGACGGCGCGGUGCGCGCCUACGACGCGCGGUCGUCCGCACCGCCGCGGCUCGUCGUCGCAGGGGACGGCGGGCCCUGCUUCGCCGUCGACAGCAACCCGAACAAACCGGGCGCCGUGUCGACGGCCCACGCCGACGGCACGGUGCGCUUCUACGACCUGCGGGCCAGCGGCGGCGCGCCGCUGAAGAUCCUCCGGGGCCACGACGGCUGGUGCGGCGCGCUCGAGUACAACAAGUACCACGACCAGCUCCUGGCGUCGGGCGGCUCCGACAAGCUCGUCAACUUGUGGCGCGUGUCGUCGAUCUCGAGCGCGCCGCUCCUCGAGCUGGACCUCGACGACGCCAAGGGCGACGGCGCGUCGUCCGCGGUGACGUCGUCCGCGGGUACCGCGGCCCCCGACGCGCCGGACGUCAAGGUCAAGGACUACGACCUCCACGACGACGCGGUCGUCGCCGUCGCCUGGUCCUCGUGCGACGCCUGGGUCUUCGCGUCCCUGUCCUUCGACGGCCGCGUCCUGCUCAACCACGUCCCCUCGCCGGAGAAGUACAAGAUCCUCCUCUAG